UUUCGCCAAAAAUGAAAGUGAAACUUAGUGAGCACUCAGAAGUAGCGGAAUAACAACAUAAGAAAAUGGGUUCUAAGUUUCUCUGCAGUCUGCACAGUGAGAAACUCAAACUCUUCUGUCUGGACGAUCAACAGCCGGUGUGUGUGGUGUGUCGGGAUUCAAGAAAACACACCAACCACAAAUUCUGCCCCAUUGAUGAGGCAGUAACAGACUUCAAGGAGGAGCUCAAAACUGCACUGAAGCCCCUACAGGAGAAACUGAAGAUCUUUAAAGACUGUAAUCUGAACUGGAGUCAGAGUGCAGAUCAUAUAAAGAUUCAGGCCCAACACACGGAGCGGAAGAUUAAGGAGGAGUUUGAGAAGCUUCACCAGUUUCUACGAGAUGAAGAGGCAGUCAGGAUCGCUGCACUGAGAGAGGAAAAGGAGCAGAAGAGUCAGAUGAUGAAGGAGAAGAUUGAGAAGCUGAGCAGAGACAUAUCGUCUCUUUCAGACACAAUCAGAGCCAUAGAAGAGGAGAUGAGAGCUGAAGACGUCUCGUUUUUACAAAACUACAAGGCCACGGUGAAAAGAGCCCAGUGUACACUGCAGCAUCCUGAGGAGCUUUCAGGAGCGCUGAUCCAUGUGGCAAAACAUCUGGCCAACCUGAAGUUCAGAGUCUGGGAGAAGAUGCAGGACAUUGUCCAAUACACACCCGUAACUCUGGACCCCAACACUACUCAUCCUAAACUCAUUGUAUCCAAUGAUCUGACCAGUGUGAGACGCAGUGAUGAGCAUCAGAAGCUUCCUGAUAAUCCAGAGAGAUUUGAUGAAUUUCCAUGCAUCCUGGGCUCUGAGGGGUUUAACUCAGGGACACACUGCUGGGAUGUCAAAGUGGGAGAAAGUACAGUGUGGGCUGUAGGUGUAAUGGCAGAAUCUGCUCAGAGGAAGGGUAAGGUAAACUCCAGAAGUGGACUCUGGUAUGUGAGAUAUUAUGAAGGUAAAUAUAGAGCAUGUGCUACACCAGAGCUAUCUACUCCUCUCUCAGCAGUACAGAAACUUCAGAGGAUCAGAGUGCAGCUGGACUUGGACAAAGGAAAGCUGUCAUUCUCUGAUGCUCUCACUAACACACACAUAUACACUUUCACACACACAUUUACUGAAAAAAUGCUACCACUUAUAAAUGUUGUUUGUGAAGUGUCUCCACUGAAGAUCGUCUCACUUCAAUACUCUGUAAGAGUGAAUUAGUUCAGUUAAAUCUAUAAUGAAACAAUGUUUAAAUUCAUUUUAUCGAUGACUUUUAAUGAAUUAAGGCUUUGAACAGGAGAAUACAACAGUUUGGUGAUGUCACUGGAUCACCGGCUUGAUGCAUUUAUUGCAAGCAAGGGAGAAGCUAUCAAAUAUUAAGUGUUAUUUACUUUUAUUUACUAAGGACUAUCAAUUCUUAUACUUUGCCUUACUUAAAAUUGGGUGUUCUGCUACCAAAUGUGCCAUGUUUUAAGUCGUUUCACAUCUAGGUGUAAAUAUCAGGAAAGGAAAGCUGAAAUUCUGAUCUAUUCUUUUGUAUUAAUUUUUUGAUCACAAACCUUUUAGUGUGUUCAGUGUGUAGCAAAAACCAAAGAAUUGGCCUUGCCACUUAUUUUAUAUUAUUAUAUUAUUGGUGUUUCAUCUUAUGGUCACAAUUGUUAUUGAAAGAUAAAUAAAAACAUACAAUUGAAGGAG